AUCCAGUCCAGUUUUAUGAACUGAUGUCAUUCACAACAAACAUGGCGGACACCGUAGACAAAAUUUUAGGCUUUAGCGGUGCUGUCUCAAGUCUUCUAGCCUACACUUUCUAUCGUUUAUACAAAAGCCGAACAGAGACUGCUUCGCGCGUACGGAACAUCAAAAUAUGGCAGGCUGACCUUGACCUGUUUGACCACCUGAGUGCGGUGGACGAGCACUGUCUGGCGUAUGCUGCGGUGGAGGGGACGGUGAAGGAGAUGGGGCGCACGUUACACAGUCUGCACGGGCAGGAGGAGGGGGUUAUGAUGAAGUCGCAGCUCAUUGAGCACCGGUCCAAGAAGGUCAACGGCUUUUGGUCAGACACAAAGAAAGAGCUAAGGGACACCACCCAGUUUGUUCCUUUCUCCCUGGUCAAGCCUCAGGGCGGGGAUCCUGCGUUCCGCCUGGAGGUUGUGGAACCGGGCCGGGCGUCUCACCUGGAGACUGAGCUGGACAUCACGUACGACAGGUUUGAGCCGCACAAGUCCACGUUGAUACAGGCGGGACUGGAUCGUCUACUCGGUGAAGUCACCAAAGGCAUCCAGGAGACGGAGAAGAUGUUGUUGAGCGGAACCACGCUGCUCGGGGUGGGGAGGAUAUUCCUGGAGCGGGGAGAGAUGAAGUUAGGUCCCCCCGACGACUCCAGCCAGACGUUCAUCUUGACCAAAAUGCGACUGUCGGAACUGGUGCGGAGCUACGAGUCUCAGUCGUGGACUUUCAAAGUGAUGGCGGUCGUCUCUGCCCUGUGCGGCGGGAGCGUACUGGCCUACCUAAUCUGGAGACAUCUGCGGCUCUGGCUGGAGAGGAGGAGGAGGCGGCGAGAGUUUGAGGAGAUUCGACGAACCGUGCGCAGGGACAACAGCGCGGAGGGGCGGCGGGAGGGGGGGAGUGGCGUUCACGAUGAGGACACAUGUGUCGUGUGUCUGACCAAUCCCAGGGAGGUCAUUCUCCUCAACUGCGGCCAUAUUGCCCUGUGUGCCGAUUGCGCCGAAGCGUUGCCUUUUCCAAAGAAAUGUCCGGUCUGUCGCUCGGCUGUGGAGAGAUUUAUGCCCGUCUUCCAUCCGUAGCUCACGACGUUCUGUGUGUGAAUGUGUGCUCGGGAGUUAGUGAAGUGGUUGCUUUGUGAAAGAGAAACAGCAAGCUACGAUAAUUUUGUUUCUAUUUUGUUGUUGUUUAUUAUGUGUUUUCCUAGGG